CACCAGCGGGGAUUUUGGAAAUUGGAAACUAGGUUUUUGGUUAUUUCUAGGCUAAGCCUAGAGGGUGAAAGUUCAUAAUUUAUCGUACAAACCAUUAUGGGUCUGUCACCACAUUGGUUUAUGAAGGAGGACUUCCUGUGGCGGAGUUUAGCUAGUUUAGCAUGGAUUGCCAUGUUGAUGCCUUUUUUCACCACAACGCACAGCCUCUUGUUGUCAUUCAACCCUCUACAUCCUGUCUCAUGGCUCACAGAAUGGUUUUCUUUCGUAUUUUCCUUCAAAAUGUUGGGGAUGGUAACAAUUCUUGCUUUCUCAAGUUUGUUCAUCACAUUUCUUAAUGUCAGACACACUACAGUUAUUCCUGUAGUACGAAGAAACCGAUUGUCAUACAUAGCGGACCUAGUUGAUCCUUUUCACGCUCUACAGGUUAUGGCUGUUACACUGUCUGCAGCCCUCACAGCCUGGUCCAUGACAGCACAAAUGGGAAAUGAGUACAGCACAUUUACCAGGAGUUGCUCAGGAAUAAAAGCCCUCUGUUUAAAUGAGAAGCACUUCUUAAUCAUUAUUCAUGCUGGUUUUAUUGGUUUAAUUUUUGCAGUACAGUUCUUUCUACAGCAUGAUUAUAUUAUGGCUUUCAGUCCUGUUCAGCAGCUGAAAUUUUUCAAGGUUCGAGAUUUCAUAUAUCCAAGCCUGAUUCAGUGUGGAGUUGCUUCAAUGAAAAGAACGGUUUACUUCUAUAUUUUAUACUUUUUAAUGGGAGGCUUGUUAAAAUCUUGGAUACUGACCACCUUCAAACUCCAUGGAACCGUUGAUGCACCAUUAAACUCUUUACAAGGCUUCCUGGAGUUUUCGUUGCUAUGGAAACUGUGGCUUGUGGCAACUCUCUUUACUUUUAUUUGGAAGCUGGGAAUAUAUUUAUUUAAAGUAUAUCACUCAGAGUCCUAUACCUUUGCUAUUGACACUUCUUAUGCUGAUCAGUUGGAGAGGUGCCUGCAUUCUGUAAUGUCUCCAAGAGCGCCCCCUUUGGUACGUCACCUUGCCUUUUUAGAUCUUAGUAUUCUGUCCAGAUAUUCAUUGAAACGACGAACAGAGGUGUUUGCACUUAGCCAACCAGGUCAUCAUAGUCACAACUGGAACCGUAUUUUAGCAGAAUGUUUAUCAGCUGUGUUUUGCCUGACCAAUCACCUUUCCGCUCACACACGUAGGAAGAUGGUAGUAGGAGCUGUGGGUAGUAAUGGUACCAACAACCACAAAGCCAAGUCUGCAGAUAUACAAGAUGUUCAGACACCCCAGACUCCACGCCAUCGAGAGUUUGUACAGUCAAUAGGACCAAGCAUAGGCCAAGUGCAGUCCCCAUAUUCAUCAUUCAGUCAGGAGCAAUUAAGUCCUCAAAGACCCAUCCCUCCUCCAGUUCACCAGCAGAACAGUCAGCCUAAGAAGCAACGGGGACCAAUGCCUUAUGUGAAACGUUGGUUUGAAACCAUUGCAGCCAGAUGGAUUGAAUCUAUGAGGAACUUCCAUGUUGUGGUGUACUUAAGCAAACCAUUUCCAGAUUCUGAACAAGGAAUGAUCUUCCGUGAAAGCCAGCUUCAGCAGUGGGCUCUGGAAGGGUUGUCAAAUCUAGCGGUGGCUUCAUAUGAUGAAGAUACGUAUGGGGUUGUGCAACAGUCAUUACCAGAAAUAAUCUCAGCAAUGCUUGCCCUUCAUGUGGCCAUGAGUAAGUAUUCUAAACUCAGUCAAAGCCCGAGCUCAAUCCAUACUAAAAGCGCUUCAUCACGACAAGAUAGUGCAGUACACAAGCUACAGGCUGCUCUACAGGAAACACUGACGACAUCAAUUCACCGUAUAGUUGCGAAGUUUAGACAUCACCUGAAAGGUGUUCAACUCUCAACUGAAGAUGAACGGAGACUUUCACAGUUCAUCAACUACAUAGAAUAAGUUUGUAUAAGUUAACUGAAAGAUUUAAAAAUGUCUUUACUAUAAUCAUGAUGUAUAUACAGCAUGCAUGUUAAACAUGUAUUUUCAUUAUUGGCGAAAUUGAUAAUGAAGUUGGUUUUUCUAUUGUCAUAUUAAAUGUUGGUGAGAAAAUUA